AAAAAAUCAAAAUCAUAACACAAUACUGUACUGACAAACAAAGCUAAGCUCUUGAUAUAUAGACAUGGUUAUCUCAGUCCUUCGGUUUUGCGGUGGGCGGUGGACGGUGGACGGUGGACGGUGGACGGUGGACGGUGGACGUGGUGUGACAUGGGAUGACGAUGCCUAUGCGCUAGCCAUUCACUACGUUUCCACAUCAUAUGCUAAUAAGGUGAAAUUCCUGUGAUGCUAAACAUGGUCCCCAUCUUUUUAUCCAAAAAAAAACAUGGCCCCCCAUCUUUUCAUAAUCCUACACUCCUACUCCUACUCCUACACCUUGGACCUUUUCCUUUUAUAUAUAUCGAUUGAAUUUUCUACGCAACAGCUUCUUAAUUAACACCAAAAACCUCACCCGUAGCUUUUGGCUGCCUUGGUUCAGAUGCGUCUAACUCAUGACCUCGACUAAGGUUCAAACUAUAAUAUAACAACCUCUUAUUCCCCUUUUCCCUUAAAUUUCCCCCUGUUC